AUGGCGAGCCAGCGUACUGCCCCAACAUUGCGACAUGUUCUCUGCCAGCAGAAGCCGACCAUACGCUGCAAGUCAAAGCUCAACAGAAACAGCCGUAACGCAUUUUGGCCAGAGUUAGACGUUGUCACCAUCUGGCGCGACUUUAACCUGGCAAAUCUCAAUGAAAGUUACGGUCAUAUCCUUGACGCUGAUGAUCCACAACAUCCGUUGGACUUGCCUCAGGUCGAGAUACUACAGGGAGUUGAGACCAAGGUAGACAGGGAUAUCGGACACUUGAUCGGCUGGAAUGAUGCUUUAAUGCAGCAGACACUCCCAGUCGCCAAGACACGCCUUGGAAUCUGCCAAGAGAGUAAUCUCACGUACCGUUACUCGACUCCUGAUAAGUCGUUUAUUGCGAGGUUACCCAAUGCGCGUAGUGCCUCUCAAGUGGCCCAUGUUAUCGGGCUCGAUAACCCCUUGGAACCCGUUCUUGUCGUUGGCCUUGAGAGAUUAUCCUCGAAGUGGACAAGUAUGAAACUCCUGGCUAAGCUCCCAGAGCCAAUAGGGGAGAUAACUUUGCCAGUACGACAGCUGGGUCACUUAUGUCAAAUCUCCGGAACCCGUUAUGGGUACAUUCAGACUGAAGAAGAGCUAGUUGCAUGCUGCUUCUCUGACUCUGACGCUGGCAACGAGAGAAACUUGACGGUAGCAAUCAUGCCGAUCCCAUGGACCAAGCAUGGCCUCAAUAUGCUCACCACGGAACUUGCUCUGUGGUGGCUCUGUAUGAUUGCAAUGUCUCCCAAUCACAGCCGCCGUAUUCAAAAGGAGCAAGACAUGGUCAAGAUCAACGAAUGGGAGUGCCUUCGUCAUGAUGCGGGUACUAUCGUGAUGCGGCAUCAAUACUCGAACUUUGAGAAGUCAAUGAACGGGGCGACCCCUUCCAUUGCCUUUACAAACCUGGGUCCUACAAGCCCAGGAGUUGUCGUCAACCAGGAUCUUGUCUUCACACCCCAGGGCCCUACAAGCCCAGGAGUUGUCAUCAACCAGGAUCACUCGGCAGACUCUGUCGAGCCGAAGGAUCCAAACAACCUACACAGUCCAGCAGCGCUGGAGAAUUGGGACUGCUUGAGCAACUCUGCUGACCCGAAUGCAUGGUACAACAUGGAUAAUUGGGUCAAUUUCAGCAUCCCGAACAGCCCGAACAUGUUGAGUAUGAAUCGUGUUUCCGAUUCCGACUCCAAUCACAACACCAAGCAUCAGUAG